AUGUGUCACCUAUCCAGCCAGGAGAUACCGGAACCCCAUCCGUGCUGGAACAAAGAUGAGGCCCUGCAGGAAUGUGAGGAUCGCAGCCUUGCCCAGAGAAAGACGAUCAUCAGAAAGGUUCAGAAGCGUCUGGAGCAGGUCUCUUCCCUGGAAUCAGGAAAGCCUGUGUGGUACUGGAGCUUCGAACGGGACAUGAAGGACAGAGGCUGGCCGCCUCUUUUUCGAGCGCAUGUGACACUUGCUGCGACUGACCGGUCGUUCUCUGGCACGUGGCAGCGUGGGCAGCGGGAGGCACAGAUUCAAGUCUGCGCUCUCGUAUCUCAGUUACUGGACAGUCUGUGA